UUCUGUAGAGAAAUGCCACUUCAGCAUCAUAUACACAGUCAUAAAAUUCAUAUCAAGAAAUGGGACCAGCCCAUGUUCCCUGCAACCUGAGGCAAAGAGAAAAAAGUCACACCCUAGGAAUGCAGUGGUGUCCUUUGAAAGAAGAGGAUGCCAUUCCCCGUGUGAGGGCAAUGGAAGCUCAUGGGGGACGACCACCGGAUCCAGAGGGAGAGCGACCAGGAGAGGAUACCAGCGUGAGACAGCGAAGCGGUCGGCCUCCUGAUGUUGGCGGUGCUGAAUGUGUAGAUAACACAGAUGCCAAAUUGUUAAGACAACUUCAAGCUCAAGAAAAAGCCCGACAAGCAGCACAAAUAAAGCUUUUGAGAAAACUCCAAAAGCAGGAACAGGCUCGCAUUGCCAAAGAAGCUAAAAAACAACAAGCAAUAAUGACUGCUGAGGAGAAGCAACAGCAAAAAGAGCAGAUAAACAUUAUGAAACAACAGGCAUGUUCAUGCACUGAACCGGUUUUAUAA